AUGGAGUUUGUCAUAUCACACUUUGAAAUAGAGGAUGUGUUAAUUGGGGGGAGUAAUAGCAGUUAUUUCAAAAGUCCAUUUCGGCCGCGCCACGCAGUUACCGCAAUUGCACGAAUAGCCGUGCAACAAAACCCAAACGGCAACUAGCUCGACCGUUGUCAGUCGGGGCUGCGCUUAUGCGGAAGGACAACAAACUCCAACGCCUGCAGGAUAAGAUCAAGGACUUGUGUAAUAGCCUCACAGACAAUAUGGAGGAGGAAGAGGCCCCUGUCGAAGGCGCGGUGCAGACCCCCUUUGCUGCAGAGAUCUAUGCCGCCGAGGCCAUGGCUGCAGACAUGGAUCCCUGGAUUGUGUUUGACUCGAGAAGAACUCCUAGAUCCGAGUUUGAUGGCUGGCUAGAGAGCAACGGGCCCUCACAAGUGGACAGAUUUGGUAAUGAGGAAGGUGGGGUUAGCCCUGUGGGGUGGAUCGCUGUGCUGGGCCUAAACCACUGCCCCAGUGUCGGGGACGUUAUGGGUCUCCAGGAGAGCUGGGAGAAACUUUUGGCCAGUGGCCGGCCUGUCAGCUUCCAGACAGUGAAGGAGCUGGCACUCAACCAUAGAGUGCUCACAGGCAAAUGGUUGAUGCACUUGGACACUGGUUUCAAGUUGGACCAUGCCUGGGAGUGUGUGGCCAGAGCAGCCCUGGAUGGCAAUAUCUCCCUAGUCAAAGUCAGCCCCCAUAAUGCCAAGGGAGAUGGCAAGCAGGUAAUUUGUGCCUAUAACGAGAACUUCACUGAUGAGAGCGACGUUUUAAGGCUGGACUCAGUCAUUCGUGCCACAGGGGUCAAAUGCUCUCUCACCUACAAGCCGGACGUGUACACAUACCUGGGAAUCUACAGAAACAACCGCUGGAAACUUUGUCCAACAAUAUAUGAGAGCAAAUUUAACUUGGAGUGUGUUCCCCGGCGUUCCCACAUUGUCAACAGAAUCACCAAUCUUGAAGUAACAUAAGCCGGUCAGAACAAGAGGAUAGUUUUGUAGAACGGGUGAAUAAAGAGGCACUUGGUUAGGUUGUCCUGUGUAUCUCACUGACAAAUAGUUUUCAAUGUCAGUCAUUGAAUUUUGAUCUCAAGUUCUUCCUUUUGGCAAAAAAAAAAGCAUUACAUCUCAUUUAUACUUGUGUUCUUAAGAUGUAAUAUUUCCUAAGUGACCAAAACCAUUGUCACAUGUUUUUUUAUUGUUUAUUCUGUAUUCAUAAGUGAGUAUUUGUAUUAUUGUGUUCUGUUUGUAACACCUACUUGAAAGACAGGGUGAAGAGACAUAAGAAAUCCUUGAUUUGUAUCCACAAAAUGAACAUUUCUUUUUUUUAUCUUUUACAAUAUACAUUUGUCUAAUUUGUUAGACUUCAUUUUUUUGGUUAGUACUGAACCGUGACGGAGUUGCCAAAUAAAGUCUACUUUUGAAGGCCAUCUUAA